CCAGCAGUAUGAAUCGGAGGACCUGCAAUCACCCCGCCGCUGCAGCCACCGAGUUCCUCCCCCUGCGGCGCUGCGGCGGGGCGGAGUUUCCUGCCCAACGAGACGCUCCUUUUGUCGGCUGCGCGGCUAGCCAAGUCCCGGCCUGGAAACAGCGCAUCGCUUCGCCCGAGGUAGGCACAACAUAUGCAGUGACACGGGGACAGAACGAAAACAAAAAGGCGUCAGGAGAACACCUAUUAGCCGUAGCUGCAGCCCACAGAACGUGAAUCAAAAUCUGAGAGAAAGAGCCAGCAGGAUCCUUAAACCUUCUCACCAUGAAUGGUGCUACAGGUAUGAAAGAAGCUGCAACCAACACAGUUGUUGUCAAGAGUGAGCCAGAUGAUUGGUCCAGGGAUGAUCUUCUUACAUUGCUGGAACGAAUUAAAAGUAGUCUUCCUGAGAAUGAUAUCCUAAAAUACAAAACUAUGGAGUCUCACUUUGACUGGGAGAAGGUGAGCUUCUCUUGUUACACUGGUGAGAUGUGUCGGCAAGAAUGGCAGAAGAUAUCUAUGGAGGUGAGGAAGUACCGUACAAUGACAGAACUGAUAGCUGAUGCCAUGGAGUUUGUGAAAAAUCCAUACAAGGGGAAGAAGCUGAAGACACAUCCAGAUUUCCCCAAGAAGCCAUUGACUCCUUAUUUCCGGUUCUUCAUGGAGAAACGAGCUAAGUAUGCCAAGAUACACCCAGAGAUGAGUAACCUAGAUUUGACAAAGAUUUUGUCUAAGAAGUACAAGGAGCUGCCGGAAAAGAAAAAGAUAAAGUACAUCCAAGAAUUCCAAAGGGAGAAAGAAGAGUUUGAAAAGUCAAUGGCAAGGUUCAGGGAAGAUCAUCCAGAACUAAUGGAAGAGAGAAAGAAGUCAGAUCUCCCAGAAAAGCCCAAGACUCCACAGCAGCUUUGGUACAACCAUGAAAAGAAGGCUUUCCUGAAGCUUCACCCAGAUGUAAGCCCAAAGGAGAUGAAGGAAGCCCUUCGCAGGCAGUGGUCCCAGCUUUCUGAUAAGAAACGUUUGAAAUGGAUUAGCAAGGCACUGGAGUUACAGAAGGACUAUGAGGUGAGUUUAAGAGCUUACUUAGAUGCACAUCCAGAAUCCAAUCAAGAAGAAACAGUUAAAUCUGUACUUACCAAAGCAGAACGACAGCUGAAGGACAAGUUUGAUGGCCGACCGACUAAACCACCUCCGAAUGGCUACUCCAUGUAUUGUGCAGAAUUAAUGGUGAAUAUGAAAGAUGUUCCUAGCACAGAGAGGAUGGUCCUUUGCAGUAAACAGUGGAAGAUGAUGUCACAGAAGGAGAAGGAUAUGUACCAGAAAAGAUGUGAACAGAAAAAAAAGCAGUAUGAAGCUGAUCUGCAUCGGUUCCUGGAGAGCCUACCAAGUGAGGAAAGAGAGAGAGUGCUGAUGGAGGAGAAACUGGGAAACUCAAGGCUAGCAGCUCCAGUACAGACUAGCAGUCCACCAAGGGCAAAGUCUCCAUCAGUUAAGAAAGAACUGACAGAAAUGAGAGCCCCCUCCUCAGCACAGACACAAAAGAAAACAAAGUUCAGCGGUGAGCCAAAGAAACCUCCAAUGAGUGGAUAUCAAAUGUUUUCGCAAGAGUUACUGACUAAUGGGGAGCUCAACCACUUCAGCCUGAAAGAGCGUAUGGUAGAGAUUGGCAAACGCUGGCAUAAACUCAGUCAGUCACAGAAGGAUAGGUAUAAGAAGAUGGUGGAAGAACAGCAGAUUGAGUAUAAGACAGAGCUGGAGGCUUGGAUCAAGUCUCUAUCACCACAAGAACGAGCAAUGUACAAGGAAUUUAUUUCUGCAAAACGUAGAAAUUCCUCAAAACCUGGAGGCCCUCCUGCCAAAGUGAAGGUUUCAGGAAAGAGCAAAGCGGAAACAUCUGAGUCUGAGGAUGGUGAUGAUGAUGAUGAUGAAGAGAAGUCUGACUCAUCAGAUUCUGAUGAAGAGGACUCUUCUGCCUCAUCAGACAGUGAUGAUGAAGAGGAAGAAGAGGAGGAAGAAGAUGAGGCUGUGAGUAAACUGAAGUUGAGAUUUUUAAUGUUGUGCCACAUUAUGGCCAGUUUUGAAAUUAUACAGCAACAAGCACACACGCAAGUGAGACUAGUGCACGGACUGAACCAUUGUAAUACACCAACCAAAGAAAGUCCAGCACCAAAGUGGAAUAAGUAA